UACCAAAGGCUUACGAAAUGGAAGCUGCAUGCCGACACGAUUUACCUCGCACAGCGCCCUUCUUCAAGAGCUGCAAGAAUGUUUAGGCGUCUUUUAUCACCCGCUCCCCCUGUCUCGCCGUGUAGGCCGUCGUCUGACGGCAAGACAUGUCCAACCCAACCCAGCCGAAGGCCUGGUCUGCCUCCCAUUCUGCCCUUCGCAGCCUUAUCACAGGCGCGACAUUGCGCUGCCAGCGCGCACGCAAAGGAGGUUUGGUGCUCAGAUGCUGAGAUGCGGGGACCUGGCCUGGGCACGAUGACAGGCCCCUGGACCCGGGGGUCAAGUCGGAACUGGAAUUGAGUUGAACCAGUCCGCAGCGCAUGACAGUCGGUUUAGCGCUAUCGUAAGCUUCAUUAUGUCCAUAGGUUUUGCCAAAAUCUUCGCCAAUCCUUUCCCCCAGCCUUCCAACCAAGGUUAAGCCUACGCCGCCCGGCUGGAGCUUUGGACCCUUUGCAGACCCCCCUGUGCGGCAGCACUACGCACAGCAGGAACGUCGUGCGGGGAGCUGGAGUCGGAGGUGCCGGGGGCAUUACUCUUGACGCGGAUAAUAUCGCGGGGCAUAAUUUGCGCAGGCGCGAACGCGGACAACCCCAGGUCUCCACAAUUUUCUUCAACAGACAAUUGACAAACCGUACUAGCCCAAACCCAAGCCCUAUUGACCCUACCUAGUCGCUCGCGACACGUUCCUCUCGAGUCUCGGAACCGCUUCGGACGGCUCGGGCGCUUUGUGGAGCGCCUGCUCACCCGCGUAUACAUGGAGCAGAGCCAUUCAGCACCGCAGCCACAGCAGCCGCAGGCGCAGGCGCUCGCGCAGCAGGGUGCGCGGGCGGCAUCGGCCGCACACGCGCUCGCGCUCGCCUCGGGGCCCGCUCCCCCGGGCGCAGCGGCGGCAGCCGCGGCGGGCGUGGUGGCUGCACCACUGCGCACGGCGCUGCUGUGCAUUGAUGUGCAGUCCGACUUCAUGCCCGGGGGCGCAGUGGCGGUGCCCCGCGGUGAAGAAGUGGUGGCGGUCAUAAACAAGUUGCGCCGCAGCUGCCGGGACCAGUUGACGCUGGUCGUCUUCACGCAGGACUACCACCCGCCCAACCACGUCAGCUUUGCCAGCACCCACCUGCCGCCGCCACCACCACCACAGCUCGCAGCAACAGCACCGCAGCCGCCGCCGUCAACAGACUCAGUGGACCAACCGCCGCAGCCGCAGCCGGGCGCACGGCAGUACGUACGGCUAGUGUACGACAAGGCCACGGGGGAGCUGUUGGACUGCUCGCGCUGCGGCCCCAACUGCCGCGCGCGUUGCGCCCCUGGCGGCGCCAAUGGCAGCCCGUCGGCGGCGGCGGUGGUUACUCAGGCCGCCUCGCCCGACAAUGCUGGCGGCCGUCACGGCGGCGGCAACGGCGCCAGCCGCGCGCUGCUGGGUGCGCCCGAGGGGAUCGCAGCGCGAGGCGGCAAACCGCACGGCCCCUCAGCACCCUCAGCCACCGCAUUUCACGCGUUAAGUGCUGCGACCUCUGCCAGCCCCAGCCGCGCAGGCAGCCUGCCCUUCCCAGCGCUGACGUUGCCGGUGCCGGUGCUGGUGCCGCCGGUUGUGCCGGUGGCGGCGGGCGAGGAGGGCGCGCUACUGCACGCGGCGGAGGCGGCGCUGGCGGCGCUGCCGCACGCCGACGAGCCAGCGGGCGGCGCGGCGGCGCCCACCGAGAGCGCCUCGCCUCGCGCCGCCUGCCGCGCUGCCUACGCCGCCGCCUGGCAGCUGGAGUCGCUCGCCGCCGCCGCCUCGGAGGCGGCGUCCGCCGCCGCGUCUGCCGGCGUGGCGUCGGCGUCGCGUGCCGACAGCGGCUUUGUGGGCGUGGGCGCCGAGGAGGGCGCACUGCUGGCGGCGGCGGUGGGCGCCGUGGCCCAGAUCAGCGCCGCAGGUGGUGACGGUGAUAAGGGCAAGGGCGGCGGAGGAGCGCAGCAGCUGCUGCAGAAAGAGGAAGGUGACGCGGCGGCGGUCGGCAACGGCGCUAGCGGGCUGUGCUCGCCGCUGUUGGCGCAGCGCAGCAGCUUGGUCGGCGCGUCUGGCGCCACGCUACAGCGACACCUGGAGGCGAAGAUGGAGCAGGUGGGCUGGAUCAGCGCCGCCCCCAGCACCCAGCUGGACAGCGGCGUCAGCAGUAGCAGCGGCGCCAGCGGCAGCAGCAGCGACAGCGGCAGCAGCGGUGGCAGCAGCAUCGGCGGCGGCGCCGGCAGUGCCGGUGCCGUGCGCGAGGCUGCAAUGACUUUCGAGGAGCGCGGCAAGCAAUGGCAGGCUGCGCCGGCGCCAGCGGCGCCGGCGCCGGCGCCGGCGGGCCCUGCUGAGGCCGCGGGUGCGCAGCAGCUGCAGCAGUGGGCGCUGGAGGAGGCUCAGGAGCAGCAGGCGGUGGAGGCGUCCGCAGCCAACGCCCGGGCGCGCUCGGCGGCGUUCCACCAGCGGGCGUGGGAGGGGGACGGCCGGCAGGCGGACGCGGCGGGCUCGUGGAUGCAGCCGGCGGCGCCCGGCGGUGGCGGCGUGGAAAGGGUGGAGGCUGCGGCGGCUGGGUCCCGUUCCGGAGCUGUGAACAAGGGCGGGGAUGGAGAGCAGGGGGGAUCGGAGCAACAGCAGAAACAGAAGCAGGUGCCCGCGUCAAAGGGCCCCGCCAUUCACGCGUUCAGCACCCUGCGUGAGAUGGGCGAGGCGGGCGAAGGCGAAGGCAACAGUGGAGGCGAGGUGGAACCGGAUGCGGCGACGCAGGCAGCCAUUGGCGCCGCCGCGCACGCCGCCGCCGACGCCGCCGGCACGCGGGCCUCUGACGCCCCCACCACACCCACACGGGCCACACCCACACCGACAUCGGCAGCGGCGGCUCCACGCGUCAACAACAGCGCGGCCGCCGCGGCUCUGGCAGGGCUGGAGGUCGGCGGCGCCGCCUACCCCCCACAGCCGCACACAACCACGGCCACGACCACGACCACGCACCCACACACGCACCUGCACCACCACCAGGACCCACACACCCAGCUGCACCACCCGCGCCACGGCACCCUGAAACACGCGCGGCGGCCGUCCCCCCGCGCACCGCCCCUCCCUCCGCCCAGCCCCCAAUCCCAGCCCCACCUCCUCCCCCAGCCCCAGCCCCAGCUGGGCCUUCAGCCGGCCGACUCCCAGCAGCAGCAGGCGGUGGUGCUGCAGCGGCUGUGGCCAGACCACUGCUUGGCGGGCGGCGCCGGCUGCGACCUGCACACGGGGCUGCUGGCGGCGCUGCCCUCCGACGUCAUCCUGCGCAAGGGCGUGCGGCGGGACGUGGACGGCUACAGCGCAUUCUUCGACAACGGCAGGCUGCACCAGACGCCGCUGCACCGCCAGCUGCGGGCGGCGGGCGUGUCGCGGCUGCUGGUGGCGGGCGUGGCUGCGGAGCACUGCGUGCUGUGGACGGUGCGCGACGCCGUGCGCCUGGGGUACCAGGUGUGGGUGGUGUCGGACGGCGUGCGCGGCAUGGGCGGCCCGGCGGAGGCGGCGGCGCGGGAGGAGAUGGCGGCGCUGCCGGCCGUUCUCAUGCUCACGGCGGAGCAGGUGAUCAGCGCCGCCGCCGCCUGGCCCAACGCGGAGGGGCUGGCGCUGGAGCCGCCGGCGGCGCCCGACCCGCACGGCCAGCAGCCCCACCCGAUCCAGUAGCGCAGUCCAGCGCCAACGCAAUAGCACAUUUUGAUUUGAUGAUUGUUGUGAGGCGAUCGUCCAAAGGUCAGAUUGUCUGAGAUCAAGAUCCAGGGUGGCUUUUGCUCUGUGAUAGCAGGUUGGUGGGAUUCUUUUGAGGUCGCGCCUGAUACUGCAGGGGUGCGAGCAGCGGGGACGCGAUUGUGUGUACAGGAGGAUUGCACAGGUUGUGACAUAGAGAAUGCAAGAGGACUGUAUUGACGAGAUCUACCUCCUGGUCCGGGCUGUGCAAUACCAUGCGUUCAUAACAGUUCCAAGGUACAGCAGUGGCUGGGAGGCUGGCGGGUUGUUGUGCCAGGUGGCAUGCUUGGCAGGAAUGCAAUGCAGCUGGGAGGGGUGCAGGCGUAGCGCAAGGCCUGAUGACGUGCACCUCCGCUGCCAAUGGCAUGACGGCGGCGGGACGGGCGGGUGUUGGCGCAAGCGGGCCCAGUGGCCAGGGCUUCGGUGACCAUAAGAGUCUGAUGGGGGCAGGCACGCUGCGAGCCGGCAAAUGCACAGCUGCCCUGGGCGCUAACACGGUGACAUGACGCAGCGGCGCACAAGUUCAUGCUUCGCUUAUCGGUGCACAAAGGUGCCGUGUGUUGAGAUUGGGAUCAUGGGAUGC